ACAAGCCCUGUGGGGACCCACCGUCCUUCCCCCACACCAUCCUGCAUGGCCACACUGGCUUUGAAAUGGGGGACGAGCUGCUGUAUGUUUGCGCCCAGGGGUACCUCAUGGGCAACAAGGAGACAGCUUUCACACUGCUCUGCAAUAGCUGCGGGGAGUGGUACGGGCAGGUUCAGGCCUGUGUCAAAGAUGCAACCGAGGCACAUAUUGACUACGAAGAUAACUUUCCUGAUGACAGGUCAAUAGCUAUUGUUGAGAAUGAACACGUCAAUGGCAAAGAGGAAACUGAGCAGGAGCAAGAACAGCUUUCCUUCAGUAAAAGUUCAGAGGAAAGAAGAAUUGGAAGUACCAAAGGUGUUACUCAGGACACAGACACUGCUGAAAAAGGAAGCAGGGCACCAACUGAAUCCCCCGUGUCACUCCUAAGCCAAAAAAAUUUGUUUUGGUUUCCAUCAGAGGCUUUCAGUGAGCCUGAAUCAGAGAAAGAUGAUUCCACUAAAGCAGAGUUUUCUGAAGGUGAUAACCACAUUGGAGUGAAGGCACCCUAUGAUGAACCUGGUGUCAAAAUAUUUUAUGACAGUGAGGAUUUCCCCAUUGGACCCAUUUUCACAACUAAUGAUACAAAGGCAGAGAUAGACGCAGUUGCCAUCACUGAUGAAUCAUGGUUAGAUGGCUAUCCAGUAACACAAGAAGUGGUAGAGGAUGAUGAAGAAGAAGGGGAUAAAGUUGAUAGUUCAAUGGGAACUGAAGAUGAUGUUGUCCUCACAACUGACCAACCAAAUCAUGUUGAAGUAAAGAAAUCAGGCAAUGGCAGCCCAGCUCCAGAGGAAAGUUUAACACAGAUUGUGGCAGCAACAACAAAAGUAGAUGAUGAAGGGACCAAAGAGACACCGGUGCUACUUACAUCAGUAAGUGGUCUGGAGAACUUAAGCACGAGCAGAAGUUACGAUGAUACCGCAUGGGACCACCCAACUACAUCUCUGGAAACCGUGACUCAGGAGCCUGGUACAACGGUGCUGUUUGACAUAACCAGCUUAAAAACAUCCACGUCAGAAGCCACUGUGAUGGCCAGCCCCUCCGAUCACACUCCGUAUGCAGAACCACAAGAAACAACCACCUACCCUGCACAAAUAGCAACCACUGCAGCAGCUCCAGAUAUCAUUACUGACACGUCAUCCCAGGAAUUAGCUGAGCAAGAAAAUCUCACCCAGGGCCCUGGAGAAAAGCCCGACCCCACUUCUGAUCCGUGUGAGGGAGAGGAUUGUCCCAGAUCCAGUAAAGGUGCUGUCAUAGCAGUAAUUGUGGUUUUUCUCUGUUUGUUACUGGUUGCAGCUGUACUGGCUGUGUGGUUCUUCAAAAAACGUCAGGAGAAAAAUUCUGUCUAUAAACUCAAUGGCAGGUGUCAACCCAAGCAUCACUGCUACCACCACUACCACCACCAGCACAUCGAAAUGCAGAAAGUCUAA